GUAAUUUUUGUGAAAAGGUGUGGGUGUAAUGUGAAAGAGAAAGCAGAAUCAGAGGAUGAGCUAUUACUGAAAUACAAGUCAUAGUGCCAUACAAAAAAAAGUACAGAAAGGUAUAGAGGCCUUAGGUCCCACACCAACUGGUUCAAGAACAAAUAUAAGCUUGCAACCACAAGGCUCCUGAACUGGUGUGGUUAACUUCACUCAUCACAACCCAGAAUCAAUUCUACAACCUACUCACUUUCAAGUGAUCUUCAAAAUUCAUGUUCCGAAUAUCUUUUUUAUUAUUUGCACAAUGUCUUAUUUUGCACAUUGGUUGUCAGUAUCUAUGUAUGGUUUUCAUAAAUUCUGCUGUAUUUUUAAUUUUCCUCUAAAUGUUUGCAAAAUAAUCUCAAGGUAUCUGGUAACAUGUAUGCACUUUGAACUUCAGUAAUGAAAACAGCUUUAAUGAUGGAUCAUUUUGGGACAACUUUUUAUGAAGAAAAUUCAAGACAGUGAGAAAGUUUCAAUGACUGCAAUCCACUGAAAGGUAAACAUCCAUGUCAAUCAAAAAAAAUUCAAAUAGUAAUUGCUCUGACAAAGACCUCCAAUGGUUUUUAGACCAAACAGGCAUAAGUAGUCUUUAGACCAUAUUGAAAUGCAGUUCUGAUGAAGGAUCUUUGAUGUGAACCAUAGACUGUUUCUCAUUCCACAGAUGUUGUCCGAUCUGCUGAGGCUUUCCAGUAUUUUCAGUUUUGAAUUAGGAUAUUUUCCAUUAUUUCAAUUUUUUUCUGUAGAGUAGAAUUUUAAACAUAAAACAUAAGAGGUGACCAAAGUAAGAACAGAGAGCUUUAAUCAGAGUAUUUGAGAACAAGCUAAUAUAAGAAAAGCUCUGCGGUAAAGGUAUUAUAGUGACAAGGAAGACGCAAUGAUGGACAGACUAAAACUUCAUAACAGCUAACAUUUCAGAUCAUUGACUUUUCUGAUCUCAGACCCCAUGUCCAAGGAGGCAACUGUAUUUUGUAGGAACUUCAGAAAGCACACCUUUAACAUCCCAAUAUGAUUGACCUCUAACCAGCUGAUCAUUCCUAUACAUCAAUUUAUUUCCCCACCCCAAAAUAACGAGUUUCUAUCACUCAACCAUUUUCUCAUCUCCUCUAUUCCAUUCUAGCUCAGACUUAAUCUUUCGGACUUUCAUUAGUACCAUCCAAAGCCUCCAGAAUAUUCAAAUUAGGAAGGUCAAAAAUCAAAGCAAUUGCUAGCACUCUGCUUUGACAUCCUCCAUUGUUUCAGUGGGUAAAUUUAUUAUAAAAGCCACACUAUUUUCUAUAAUUUUCUCAUCCUAUUCUUUCAAAGUGAAUACACUGUUCUCAGCCUCGUUGUUCACCUAGAAAUCAGGUCAUUUUAAGGCUUGUCAGAUCAAAUUCAUUUGUCAUUACUUAUUCUUUGUUCAAAUAUUUUGCAUAUUCAUGUAUAAUACUUUUAGUUUUGACAUUUUCCCUACUUUUGAGUCUAUUUACAGCAGCAUACUGUCACUUGCUUUAUAAACACAAAAUCGCAGACUCAGGGCGACACAGUAGUGUAGAGAUUAGUAUAUUAUUUUACAGUACCAGUGAUCAUUGAUCAGGGUUCAAUUCCUGCCACUGCCUGUAAGGAGUUUGUACUUUUUCUGCAUAACAAGUUUCCUCCCACAUUCCAAAGACGUAGACUUUGGGUUUGAGAGUUGUGGGCACACUAUGUUGGCCCCACUUGUGAGCUGCCCAGCACAAUCCUCGCUGAUUUGAUGCAAACACAUUUCACUGAAUGUUUCGAUGUACAUGAAUUUUGUUAUUACUUGAAAACACUCUUAAUUCACAUUUUGAAAUAUCAAGAGAGAAGACAGAAUUAGUUAAUUAUGUGCAAAGUAUGUUAAUUUAAAUUUAGCAUUGCCAUGUUUGUAAUGUACUCUGUUGCUGCAAAAAGUUAAUUCUUGUGGCAUUUAUGCUAUGUAUGUAUAUAUAGCUCUGAAAAUUAAUUUGAAUAUCAAGAGAAACAGUUGAGUUUAAUGGGAGCAUAGGAAUUGGUUUGCGACCACCUUGUGCACUACCAAGUAUUUGACUCUAACUGUCUUGCUCAUCACAUUUUCAUAAACACAAGAGGUUCUCCAGAUGCUUGAAAUAUUGAACACAAGUUCCAAGUCUAAUUGUCACAACCAGACACAAAUACACAUAAAUCUAGAACACAGCCAAACAAAACAGUCUUCCUCCAGGGCCAAGGUGCAGAAUACAGUAAGACCAUAAAACAUAGGAGCAGAAUUAAACCACUUGGCCCAUCAAGUCUGCUCUACAGUACCAACAGUCAUACACAGCACAUAACAGUGAACAGUCACACAGGGGGAAAAGAAAAGGAGGCAACUGUAUUCCCAAGUCCAUGAACAUUGUCAGCAAGAACAGUGCAGCUCAUCUUCAACCAAGCGAACACUGGAGGGCAGCACUGACAGCCCCCAAUCCAGCAUGGACACCGCUGUCACCUCUCCUAGGCGGCUGCAAUAGAUGACACUGCAGCCUGAUCUGGGCUACAACUGAGGCUGUGUAGCUUGUAUCUCAUUGUACACACGCAUGUGAAAAUAAACUCUACUUCUGUACAAGUUGCAAAUGUUGCAUGGUGAACAAAGUGCCGCAACAUUGGUAUUUCCAAAUACAGCGGAUUCCGGUUAACUGGGACACAUUUGGGCCACCAUAUUUUGGCCCAAUUAGCCGAAUUUCCAUGGAAACAGUUUUUAAAAAAGUGUAGAACAAAUAGAGUUACAAAUUACGUAUUUAAUUACAGAACAAAUGAGAAUGCCCAUCAAUAGUACUAUAGUGCUAUAAAACUGUAUUAAUUCAUAAUAGUUAUUGACCAAGGAAUUCACCCAGUGUACGUUAUGAACAAAAUCAGUUCAGAUAAUGGUCUGCCUUCAUUCAAUUGAUGAUUGCAUCCUCCAAAUCUUCAUUUUCAUUGUAGCAUUCAAAAUGACUGUUGAUACCUUCAAAUUCCUUGUAGUUUCUAACUGGCUGAAGCAAUGAAAUAGUUUCAUUUUCACUCCUGGCCAUUUCUGGCAUCCCCAAGCCUGAAUGCCUGAAACUGCAUUGGGCAAAACAGUUCUGAGCUGCCUUGCUGCUUAAUUCUCACCAACCAUCAAUGACAAAAAUCACUUUUUUUAAAACAGAAAGGCACGCAGCUGCAGCUAUUUGAAAACAGUGCACUCUCAGCAGGUUGGUGUCCUGGCCACACAAGUGUGAACAAUUGACAGUACAGCACAGUUAGAACCUGUCCAGCAACACUCUCCUGUCCCAAUUAAGCCAAACAGUGUCCCAAAUAGGGCAGUGGCAGUAGGACGCUCCUUCCCUCUACCAACCUGCAGGUUACCCUUGGGCAGGGUGUAGCACCCGCUUAGCCCCCAGAUCAGGGUCACACGAAGACAUGGGACCAGGUGGUGGAUGGUCGUAUGAGCAACUGGUACACAUCACAAGUCCUGGUUAAACGACCACUGACACAGUCUCUGAAGGGUAUUGGUCAUGGCUGGGGUCACCCGUCUUGUAAAGACACUGGCCAGAAGGCAAAUUGCCAACAACGAUCACAGUCGAGGAAAGACCAUGAUGUCCCACGUGAUACGACACAUAACGACGAGUAUCCCAAAUAAACCCAAGGGAAUCCCGGCAAUCCACUCGUUCCGAUGUUGUCCUAAAUAAGCGGCUGAUCCGGAAUCCACGAUAUCGGACUUUAGCUGGGACAACCCGCUCCCCACGGACUAUCGUACCUGCCCCGCUUGCAGCCGAGAAGGAGCAGAGUGAACUUUCUGGAAAGCGCCUCCUCGGCGACACUCCGGGGAGGGCGGCAGCCGCGCACCCCCCCCCCGUCACGUGGUACCGCGCUCCGGCUUCAGUUGGAGGGCAGCGUUGCCGGGGAAACCGGGUUAGAUUACUUUUUAAUCCCGCGGCUGAAACGGCCGUUUGCGAUCAUGAGACUGACGGAGCCACCUCUACAGAAGAGGCUGGCGGUGUUAAGGAGAAAAAUUAAUGGGUUAUUAAUUUUGAAGUUAAUUUAUAGGGGGCGGGACUGAGCGUUUACCCAGCAUACCACGGGGCUGACGUUACUGGAAACCAUGGUGGCGGCUGGCGGAGCGGCGGCGACGAGUUGGGCUGACAGCGCAGGUAAAGCUCCGCUGGGGAGGGACACAGCCUCGGGAACCGGUUAACCAGAAAAUUCCAUUAUCCUGGCAUAAUCUAGAAUACAACAUGGGUGACAAUGACCCAGGAAAAGGCAAACUUGUGUCUGAGAAUAACAAUAUCACAUUCUAUGAAACAGAAGACGAUGAAGAGGAAAUGACUAGAGAAGACAAGAUGGGAUUUUCUGGUAAAAAUGGGCUUGUGUCCUCUUCCUCUGGUACAGUUUAUGAUCGGACAACUGUAUUAAUAGAACAAGACCCUAUUGGCUUAGAUGAUGAGGAAGAAGAUGAAGAAGUAGGAGGCAACAAUAACAACUUGGUGUCUUUUUUAUCAGAGAGUGGAGAGGAUAACUUUUAUUUGAUAUCAGAUCCUGAUGGAAUGUCACAGGGUUAUGUGCAUCAUACUAUUUCACCUGAUCAAAUUCAGUUCACUAUCAAUCCUGGAUCUACCCCAAUGCCCAGGAAUAUUGAGGGAGCAACACUCACUUUGCAAUCGGAGUGUCCUGAGACCAAGGUUAGAGAGGUAAAACGAUAUCAGUGUACAUUUGAAGGCUGUCCACGAACAUAUAGCACAGCAGGGAAUCUGCGGACGCAUCAGAAGACUCACCGUGGUGAAUACACUUUUGUUUGCAACCAGCAAGGCUGUGGCAAAGCCUUUCUCACCUCCUACAGCCUACGAAUCCAUGUCCGAGUCCAUACCAAGGAAAAGCCAUUUGAAUGUGAUGUACAGGGUUGUGAAAAAGCAUUUAACACACUGUAUAGGCUGAAAGCCCAUCAAAGACUUCACACAGGGAAAACGUUUAACUGUGAAUCAGAAGGCUGCACUAAGUACUUUACUACACUCAGUGACCUGAGGAAGCAUGUCCGAACGCAUACAGGAGAGAAGCCAUUUAGGUGUGAUCAUGAUGGCUGUGGGAAGGCCUUUGCUGCCAGUCACCAUCUCAGAACUCACGUCAGAACACACACAGGUGAGCGACCCUUCUUAUGCCCUAGUGAUGGCUGUGAAAAGACUUUCAGCACACAGUAUAGUCUCAAGAGCCACAUGAAGGCCCACGAUAAAGAUAACUCAUUUACUGCAUCGAACCAGAAUUCUGUGAAUGAGGAAACAAACCAUUCACUUUGUUUGAGUGAUCUGAGCUUGAUAUCCACGGAUUCAGAACUCAGAGAAAAUUCACAGUUGACCCAAGGACGUGACCUGAGCACAAUUUCAGCAGAAAGCAUCUUUGAAUCCAUGUUUCAUAAUACUGAUAGCUGCAACAGCCCCAAUGGCUCUCAGCAGACUGAUGGAGUAUGUGGAAUAGCUGGAACGUUUGGGACUGACCCUCAGCCCGCACCCAUUGUUAAUACGGCUCUAGAAGAUUCUGGAUCGUUGUUGUCAUUUCCCAUCCCACUUCAAACCAUGUCACAGCCAAAUAUUGAGAGACAAUUCCAGCAAGCAGCAGACACCACCUCCACAUCAUUGGAUGCUUUGGCUACCAACUCUCAUCAAACAGCAUUUGGGAAUCCUGUUGGCAUUUUACAGACACCUCAAGUGCCUGUCCCACCAGUGACACAGUUUUCAACUACUCAACAAGAGUUUGUUCAGCCUUGCUCAACACCACAACAGCCGACGCAAGGACUUUCAGCUAUGUCUAGUAAUGGCCUUGCAUCAUCCAGUAACACAGAACCAAUGCCACCUAUGGUACAGACUGUGCCUUUAGCUACUAAUAGUUCUUCUAUAACCAUUAAUCCGUCACAAAACGCCACUAUUCUUCAGCCCAGCAUUGUAAUGGCCGACCAGAACUUGCAAUGGAUCAUAAAUGGAGCCAAUACAGUUCAACAAAAUUCUGAGAAAACGCAACAGGGUCCUAAAGUAGAAAAGGUGUUUUUUACCACAGCAAUACCAGUUACGGGCAAUACAGGAAACCCAGUGCAGCAGAUAGGAUUGAGUGUUCCUGUCAUAAUCAUCAAGCAAGAAGAGUCAUGUCAGUGUCAAUGUGCCUGCCGUGAUGCAAGUAAAGAGAAACACACCAACAACAAGGAAAAUCUGUCACGGGAAGCUGAUACUUCCCAGAUUACAUCGGAUCAGGAGCAGGCCCACCUGCAGUCUCAGACUUUUCCUACCAGCUCGAAGGGAGGCAGUCAAGCAGCACAGUCACCCUUGCAGACUGAACUCCAACCAGAUAUGAGCAAUAUGGAUGUUACUUCCUUUCUUUCUCUUGAGAGUCCGAGAACCCCUUCAACUUUGUCUGACAUCGAGACAAGUGACAUUCAGGCACUGCUGCAGAAGGUAAAAGGGGACUUGAGCAGCAAUUUCUCCAAAUAAUUAUGCUCAAAAGAGGUUGAUUUUCUAAAUUAAAAAAUACUUGUUUUUUAUUUAUGCAGAAGGGUAAAGAGUAGGGCCAUUUUUAUGCAGAACAUCACUUGCUCUGAGCAAUUUUGUGCAAAAAUACUUCCAGUUUUUUUUUUGUGCAAGCUGAUAGGGUAACUUCUACUCCAGGUUCACUCUAGAGUUUAUAUCUUCAACAGUUUUGGGAAAGUUUAUCUGGACUUGGAUUGUUUCUAGAGUCUCAAUUGGGCAAAAAAGGGAGAUACGUACUAAGAACAAAUCCACUGAGAAUAAAUGGCAAACAUCAGUGUGCUGGUGCAAAUGAAGCCCCUAUUGAUUGACUUGUAAGAAGUUUUUGAUGUUCACCCAAAUUUUCUGUAACAUAGAUUGACAGACCACAGGCUUAAGAACUGAUGGGUUUGGAUUAUGCCACUGGUUCAUUGUUUGAGAGCUGCUUUUCCUUCACCAACAGAAAAUCCUGGUGCCAAACUAGUAAAUUGAGUAAAUUUUACGGUAGUGUUUGAUUUCUGUCACAAAAGGCAUUUUAUUUCCUUUACACAGCUCACUUGGAGCCCCUGGUGACCAAAGGCAGCAUUGCAGAGUAUGAAGUGAGCAAAUCUGCAUCAUCUUUGAUCUAACCAUGGUCAAGUGCAUGAUCAAGCCUGCAGUGAAUUAUCAAUCUUCUGGAAAAGUAUAAUCAAAAAAUACAGUUUGCUUCAGUUCUUGUGUUGUGUUUUCCAGGAUUACAGUGGGUGAGAAUCUCAAUGGAUUAUGCUGCAUUGCUAAGUAGCUGGAUCUGGAUCCUAUCCAAAGCUGUUGCAAAAGCUGCUCGGUAUUCAGAUUAUUUCCAUUUUACUUCGGAAGGACAAAGAAAUAAUCGAACGGAACUUGUUACAAUUGAGCAUUGUUUGCCCUGCACAGGCAAAUCUCUGUCAUAACAAUGGCAAUGUCAUGCUGGUAGAAUUAAAAAAAAUGUUUUGAGCUUAAAUCAAAACAGAGGAUUUUAGUGUGCUUACUGUAGCUCUAAAAUAUAUAUACCACAGUGACAUUUCCAGGGAAGUAAAUAUUUUCUCUCUACAUGCUCAACACUCUUGUAUUUUUAUUUAAUUUAAUAAGAUUUGUUCAAGAAAAAUCAUUGAGGAAAAAUGAAACUCAUUGUUUUCCAAAAUUAGAACACAUAACUGGGUACUGUACAUCCAUAGGAUGCCCAAUACAUUUCAAAAUGUAUUGUAAUUUAUUCCCAACUGUUAUCAAUUGAGAACUUGGUGUUUGAUAGUCUACACACUUACUGCUGUGGCACUGUGUAAAUGUAAUGUACAUGGACAAUGCAUGCACAUUAAAUAACUGCUUCCAAAUGAUACUGGUCAACUGCAUAAAGUUGCUAGUCAUGCAGAUUCCAUGUGUACUGUCGUGAAGUACCGUGUGAGGCUACCAAUGGAAAGUGGGAGCUGAAAGCAUUGGAAUAUGAGAAAUAUUUCAGUACUUUGUGAAAGCGUCCUUAUCUGGUAGGUCACAGACACAAGCUUUGCAGUGCUUUCAGCAGAAUUUCACAUUGUGUUUACUUAUCAACACCAGAUAUUCUUAUUGCAAUCAGUUUGGGAUGACUCUGCUUCUACUUUGCAUUUGCUGUGUUGCAUUCUGAGAUUGAAAACUUCUGGAGGAACAAAAGUGAAGAGGAUAAAGGAUGAAAUAAAUAAUCAUGCUGCUAUAUGACCUCAAAAUUUAAAAUAACACCAUAAAACAACUUUUUUAAUCAAGUUUCCUUAAGUGUAUGUGUUACAGCAAUUAACUAAUGAAAUUGCUCUAUGGUAAAGUAAGUCUGUGUAAAACAACUUUUUUUUCUUUUAAAUCUCUUAGUUCAAGUUUUCACAAAAAAGUGUAAACUCAACCCUGGUACAGUCACUUUUACUUUUCAAAUUUUGUUCACAGGGAUUAUACUGAAAAUCUUUCCUGUAAAUUGUUAGAAGUUCUGUGGUGCUUGGGCAGCAUCAGACUAGUUUGUGUCUGAGUUGGAAAACUCAGUUUAAUGUUAUGCAAAUGGUACAGUUAAUCCAGGGCCACAAUGUCUGAUGUUAGAUGCACAAAGCUUGUAAUGCAUUUGGGGUGCUUUUCUAAUGACUGAUAGAUCACUGUAGGACAGAAGGUGUCUUAGUCUGAACCUGGGUGUGUUAUACUCAACCUGUGAAUUGGUGCUGGCACUUGAUGCAAAAGUUUUGAACAUUAAUUGUGAUUUGAGAAGGGAAAAGUAAAUUUUGUGAUGGGGUGGGAAGUAAUGCAGUAAAGUGGAAAUCAAGAAAGUAUAGAUGUUGAAGACUGCGUAGUCAACAUUUGAAAGUAAGUGUGCUCUUGAGCUCGGACAUCCAUCAAACCCAAAAGUCAGUAUAUUCCCUUGUUUUUGUUCAAAGUAAUAGUCUUAAUAAAAUGUCACAAUUGUUAAAACUUUAAUAACCUAAAGUAUAUGAAUGUAGCUUACAAAUUUUGUAAGAAGCUGAUUUGGAUUUUGUCUUGUUAGGAUUAUUUUACCUCAGAAGUCAUUUACUAAAUCAAUUAAAUUCUUUUUGAGGGAAAGUCAUUAUUCAGAAAGAAUAUCUAAUAGUAAACUUCCAGCCUGGUUCUGGACUUCCCCUUAAUGGAUGAACAGAAGUCCUUCUUUUACCACAUAUGAAACCUAAUAACGGGUGUUGAGCUGAUAAAUAUUUUAAUAAAUAACUGAGAAAAGUUUAAAUUAUGUGCAGGCUGAAAAAAUGUUUAAUUAAUUACCUAAAGUCCAAAACUACCCUAUUGUUGCACAUGUCACAAUGGGGUAAAUUUUAAACAGAGGACCAGUUCUAUAACAGGGACGUAUUGGCAUUAGAGGCCAGCAUCAGUGCUUUCUCUUUAUUAACAGAUUUUGGUUGGUUUGUGAUUUAUAGCUUUUGUACAGCACUAUUGAUUGGAUCAGGCAUUGUCUAGCAGCUUUAUGGUUUGUUUAGCUUCAAGGUACAGGUGCUAUCACUAAACUUAAGUCUUUUCAAUAGCCUGAUUUAAAAAGAGUUAUGGUGUGCUUUGGACAACUCAAUGUGUUUAUUGUGUUAUACAAAUAUUGAGCUGUCUUAAGUUGAAACAAGAAAUACUAGGAGGAAAGUGAAAUUCAGAAUUAAAAAGUUAUCUAAUUUGGAGGAGAGAUUUAAACUAAUUGCCUAAAAUUAUUCCUUGGUAAGUUUGUGCAAUAGCAGCAGUUUUCUUUUUGGUGUUACUGAGCUGGAAGGUGCAAUUAAAAUGCAAUUAAAUGAUUGUUUGUAUUCAGAGUUUAUUCUGGUGUCAUUUUAUAAUACAAAUCUAAAUAUAUUUUGAUUGAGUAUUAAUUUAGUGUAAUUUGCAUUGGGAAAUGUAAAGCCAUACUAAUAAAUCUGCUUUCCUAUUAAUUGUAGACAAAAUUUGCAGUACAUUUGCUGCAAUUUAUCAAAAUUCAGAUUUGAUCUAGGCAUCCGGAAUAAAAUAACUUUCUUGAAUUUCUUCUCUGCUGCAAUUUAAUUUGAAUAUUAUUCUUAAUAGAACCAGCAGCAAUCAGGAUAUAACAGUCCUCAGAAGUGUUUAUUCAUUGCCGAAAUGAUUGGAGGCUAGGAGUCUUAGGAACAUUUCAGAUGGUGGCAUUCCAUGUGUCUGGUGCCUUUUGUUCUUUCAAGUGGUGGUUAAAGAGUACUGAAUGUGUAAUUUCUAAAAACUAUACUUUUAUUUUUUCCCUUCCAUUUCUCACAGACUUCCCUCCCCUGCCACUCCCCCCCAUAAAUUCAUUCUCACUUAGGCAAAAUAAAAAUUGCAGAAGUUGGUGGUCUUUUAUGGUUCCUUUCUCACAGUAUAUUGGAGUUGUUCAUUUGAACUGUGUGCUCGUUAAUGUAAAAGACUUUUAGUUUGUGGUUGAACUUCCAUUAAUAUUAUCUGAUUAGCAACUGGCUGGUAGACACAUUUUACCUGUAUUCUAAUAUACAAGGUAAACGUAAUGCAACAUUUUUAGAUAAUGUAAGUUCUGUGUCACGGCUCAGUUAUCAUUUGCAUGGUAAUAUUUUGCUCUACAGUGGCUAUAAAUGUAUCUGGGUAUUGCUCAAGUCUGAGUAGUACCAGCUUUGGUCUUCCCUACUGAGAUGAAAUGUGUAACUUUCAUGAGGUCUUUAACAAAGCAAUAUAAUUAAGAUUGACAUCUCUGAUUUUCAGUACAGACCAGUGUUCUGCCAGUGUUAUAGCACUUCAUUAGUAAUCGUAGUUCAUUAGAAAUUUGGAAGGCACUAUUGGUCCCAUUGAAUACAUACUGUCUUGCCAGUUUGGUCUAGUCAGCAAAUGCUCUCCUGCUCUUUGUUCAAUGCCCUGCAAAUAUUUUCAUUCAAGUUCUAUUCCCUUUUGUAAGACCAACUGGACUGACUUUCUAUCAUUCUUGCAGUUCUGGUGAUCUGCAAAAUGUAUAGCAAAAAUGUGAUGUUUAUUGUACUAUUUUAAAUUUAUUUAGACUUUGAUUAUUUAAUUCCAGAAAUUCAUUGCAGAAAUUUAUCCCAUUAUCCUUCACUCUAUUUUUGUAGACUUCAUAUUAUUUCUAAGCUAUUUCCCAUGUUUUAAAUAGGCUUGUUUCUUUAUUUAUCCAAUCUUUUACCCUGAGAGUCAUGAGUUUAAAAGUACAUCUGAUAGAAUUCACAUGAAUUUUUUUGAGUAAAGUUUCCAAGUUGCAGGUGGUAGUGGUAUCCUAAAAUACGUUAGGCAGUGCCUAAUAUUGACAUAGCUGUUGACUAUCUGUAGGUAUCUGUCAAAUACCUUGAUAGAUGUGUAAGCCUGCCGUUAAUUCUGUUUUUGGAAAUUAUUGAGAUUUAGAAGGUUCUAAUAAUCUGAAGUUGAAAUGAUACAGGAAUGUAUAUAAAAUAAUCUACUGUGUACUUUGAAUUUUGAAUACAGAUCAUUAGAAUAUGCAAUAGAUUAUCGUAAUAAAAAGUAAAUUGUCAAAAUGAUUUGUUAAAAAAUGUAGUAAUUUCAAAUCUUUCUAAUUUUACCACUUUGACUAAUAAAUCAAAACUGUUAAUCAGGAAUGCAUAGGCUGAUAUAACUUUGGGUUUGCACCUUUAUCGGUCUAUUCAAUACAACUUGAUACAAAAUGAGUAGAAAGGAAAACCAUGCUGAGCUCACUAAAUUUAUAGUUUAAACUGUAGUAUAAUUUGAAUUCAAAUGUUUGUAUAUCAAUAAAGCUUUCAAAGCUUAAUAUGUAAGAAUUUCUAAAACAAUUGAAUAUUUAAACUUUAAAAAUCUACAGUAGUGAGGAUGAUGUAUUAUCUUCCGAUCCACAAUAAGACCAUUAUCAUCGCCGUUUAACACGAUUUCUUGCAUCCAUUUUUACAGUUUUUCAUUCUUUAAAUAUCAAAAGGACUAAAUUAUUUUAUUUAUCUGUAGCAUAUACCUGGAUGAUGGUAAAGGGUAGUCUGUUCAUUAUUUUUGAUUAAAAUUGAUUUCCAGCUAGAAAUUUUUAUUAGAAGCAGUGUCUAAUUAUAAACAAAUGCAUCUCUUAAUCAUGUAUUUAUAUAAAUAAUAAACCUUUGAAAUUUAAUCUAUCUGUGCAUCCCUCCAACUCCAAAUUGUGAUAGGAUACAUAGAUUUUAAAGUACUGUAGUCUUUCAGUGGCAAGGGGGAAGAGAGGUGAGCAUAGUAAAUUGAGAUUCUGAGUUCACCCACCUUGCUUAAACUUGUUUUUUUGUUGAAGAGCAGUGGUUUCUUAUGAACUUGAGUUUGUAAGAAGUGUGAAACAUUAAAGUGGCAAUCUCAAUCAUUUGCAUUAGGAAUAAUAAAGCUUCAUAUAUUCUCAGUGAACCUGUUGGCCUUGAAUAUUUUGAGGGAAAAUCAGCUACUAGAUUUCAUUUCAAAACCCAAGAAGAAGUCAGUUGAGAACAAACCACUGGCCUGAGCAUACAUGACAACUUAUCCUGGCAGAGAGAGGGCGAUUCAUUGUCAGAUUAAAACAGCAUCAUAUUUAAUGAGAAGUUGCAAGAGAGAGCUCCAGCUGUAAUAAAUUUCCUGCUUUCUACCAUUGCAGCUACCUACCUAUAAUACAGGUAAAGUGACAACAAUUCACUACAAAGUAAGUGAUGUUGUUGCAAAUUUAAUUUUCAGACAACCCCAAAGAUUGUCUGUCAGUGUUAUACAUCAGCUACAUAACAUUUAGACUUAUGGCUUGAUAUACUUAAUGCACCUUAGUGGAAGACCUCAUUCUUGAUGCAAUGUGCACUGAUGUUGUGAGUUUUAAUCUCUUGUUGCUAUAUAUUGAGACUUCCCUGGUUCCCCUAAUGUAGUUAGGAACACUGUAUAAUAUCAAAGUCUGAGUCACUGAUUCCUUUGCUUUUUAAAAACCUGGAGUUGGAAUAUUGCCAAUUAUAGUUAAUACAGGUUCACUGGCCUAACUUGCUGAUUUAUUAUAGGUUCAGCCACCUUUUUUAUGCCUCUUGAUUUAUCAAAUGAGGUACAGAAAUAGUUCAUCUGUGCAGUGACAAUAUUAGAACAUAGAACAAUACAGCUCAGUACAGGCCCUUUGGCCCACAAUGUUGUGCUGACCCUUAAACCCUGCCUCCCAUAUAACCCUCCACCUUAAAUUCCUCCAUAUACCUGUCUAGUAGUCUCUUAAACUUCACUAGUGAAUCUGCCUCCACCACUGACUCAGGCAGUGCAUUCCACGCACCAACCACUCUUGAGUAAAAAAAACCUUCCUCUAAUAUCCAUCUUGAACUUCACACCCCUUACCUUAAAGCCAUGUCCUCUUGUACUGAGCAGUGGUGCCCUGGGGAAGAGGCAUUGGCUGUCCACUCUAUCUGUUCCUCUUAAUAUCUUGUGUACCUCUAUCAUGUCUCCUCUCAUCCUCCUCUCCAGAGAGUAAAAUCCUAGCUCCCUUAAUCUCUGAUUGGGGUUGUCCUCACCCAAAUGCAACUGGCAGCAUGAAGCUUUGUCAUAGAGAUACAGAAGACAAAAAAAAAUUGUAAAAGCUGUCUAGAAAUCACAUUUAAAAGUUAUAGAACAACUCCCUGUGCCAAAACCUCAUUAAAAUGACAACCAUUUUGUUCCAUUGUGUAAGUGACCUGUAGUAUGAAUUAGAUGCUGGAAAAUCUUUGCAUACAUGUCUGCUGACCGUCAGUCAAAAUCUUCUCUUUCUCUACCCUUCCUUCUUUUGGAACAUCUUUUACUCACUUUAAUUUGAAAGUUCUUAGAAACAUUAUUAGGAGACUUGUUUAGAAUUUCAUUUGAACAUUAUUCUGUGGCACUGUGUAAUUGCUGAUAGCAAAUGAAUUUACAUUUCAUCCAAAUAUCUACUAUUUAGUUUAAUCUAUACACACUAGGAAAACUAUAUGCGUUCCUUGCAACAUUUAUUUUUUUAAUUCCUUUAAGUUGAAGCACUUUAGGUUGGUUAAUUUGCAAUUGUGUUGUGCUUUUGCACACUUUGCUAAGAGGACUUUAGUUUUGCAAACUCUGUGUAAAUGGUUUGCUUUAAUUUGUACAUGUUACUUUUGAAAUAUUGUGAUCAUAUGAAGAAUAGAGUAUGUAAUUUUAUAUUAUAGUUCAUUUGUUGAAAAAUACCCAUUAAUGUCAACAUAAGUGGUUUAAGUACUAGGGAGAGCACUGUAACAUAAUUAUAUUUUCUAAGUACUGUUUCGUUCCAUACCCCUUGCUCAUUUACUACAGAUGGUUUGCCUGCUUUCUUAGUGGCACUGUUGCUUUUGAGGAAGCUCUUUGCAACCUAAGAGUCAAACCACUUUGUUGUAUUAAAUUAUCAUUUAACUGGACACCUGUUGCAGAAACUGUUUCCUAAAUUUUAUUUUUUAAAUGUAUAUUAGUAUAAAUUGCAUAGAGUGAGCUAGAUUCUGUUUUAUUUUUAUUGCACAUAACAGCUGGUUAAACCAAUCGGGAUUCUCUUGCCUACAUUGGGAAACUAACAGUGAAAUGAGCUGAAACUUCAGUGUAAAGAUUUUAAAGUGGACUGAGGCAAAUGGGCCUUAUUACUGAAAAUAUUUGAUUUGGAGAGUCACUCUUCCAAGCCCCAGGUACAAUGUGCAACAGGAGUGGGUCUUCAGAGGUGAAUGUGCACCUGGGUUUCCCCUUGCUAACUUGGUUUUUACCUUUAAAAAUCUAAGAAUGCUACACAUUCUGUCAAGUUUGUUGAUAUCUCUAGUAGGUAUGUAGGAAAUUGGCUGUUUGUACAGCAGUGAUAUCAGGGCCUUUAUAAGAUAGAUUACUGACAUAUUGAGGAUGACAAACUGCCUGUCUUGUCAAAAGGUGGCUACUAUCAUCGAUAACCAUUUAUUUUUAAACAACUUUGUUUUUCUGGUGAUUUUUAGCCUUCCUUGUAGCUCUUAUUCUCCAGAUUAGGGACAACAUUAGGUUUCUGGCAUCCCUUCCUCAAUGCUACCUGAAACGUAUUUUAUAUUUUUUUUGUAAAAAUGUUGGGAAAAAUGGAAAAACUGCCCUGGAGUGCAAGCUAAAACUAUAUGAGUUGAAAUAUUGCUUUGCGGGCUCAGUAAUGUGAUGUCCUCAUUCUUAUUGGAAGAGAUGUUCUGAUCCUGUGCAUUUUCUUCUAGAAGAUUAACCAGGCAUAGGAAAUAAAUACUGCUCUAGACAUUAUGCUCAUCCUGAAGAUGGAUAUUUCCUGGAAACUGAUUCUUUUUUUAAGUUAUAAUUCACAAUAUGGCGAUAAUAAAGUGAGCUCUUUGCUACAGACCUUCGCAAUAUUUAUGCCGCACAUGAUAUAGAUGUAACUUAUUUAUCCUGUCAUUUGUUGAUACAGCACAAUUGGUUCAUGAUUGGAUUGUUGCCUCUUGACUGUAUAUGCAACAUCAAAAACAAAGCAAAGCACACCACAAUGUAGCGUGUAGAGUGGGAAUAGAGAAAGCUUCUCUAGUGCUGACUUUUUGUAAUAUUCCACAGGCCUUACAUGGUGAAGCCAAGGGUUUGGGGCAGAAGAAUUGGAGAUCAAAAAAAAUGCAGCAUGUACUGUAUUAAUGAAUCUAUUUAAAUGUGUAGUUGGGAGUGUCUUCAUUCCUGAAUUCUGAUGUGAAAACAAAAAAAGUUACAGUUGCUUCCAAAGGAAGAGAAUGUCUCCAAAACCCAAAGAGUGAAGAAUAACAAUGGAUUUGUAUUUUUGAAGAAUGUAAAUGUAAAAAAAAGUUUGCUGAAUUGCUUGUUUUUGUACUAAAUUAAUAUUGUACUUUGGUUUGGAAAAUCUGCUAAUAUGUGGGAAGAUUUAACAUUUUUGAAAUUGAGCAAUAUGAUGCAUAAGAGCCUGAUUAAUAAAUACUGACUUACUAUGAGCAGUAAGUGUUUUAUUGAAA